AUUUAUUUCAGAGCUGCUUCCUUCAGGGGUUUCAUGAAUCCUCCUUUGAAGCUCCAAGUCUGGUCUGUGAUGGAGGUCCUGCCUCUCAUCCCAGGUGGCAACUGUAUGAUCCCAGGGAGCUAUAAUGUGGCCUUCUCAUGUUUAACACUUGCCACGGCAGCUGUUCCCCAGAGGCAGAGCCAAAUCAAGAGCUGCAUGUCCCUGUGGCUGCCCUGCUGGCCAAGCACAAGGGAGCAUCAGCCUCUGGGACACAGCAUUUGGAGAAAUGUAGUGGCUCCUUCUGCAUGGAGGGAUGUUUUUACCCAGGGGGGGCACCUGGUGGCACAGGUGCAGAGUGGCCAAGAUGUCCAGUGCUGUGGGUGAGGAUGCAGUGGUGGCAGUGUUGGUGAGGCUCUCCAAGGCUGGUGCCCGCACAGCAGGGAGGUGCUCUCUCCCAGCCAGGAGCUGAAGGCUUCACCCUGGGCCAGCUGCUCCCUUCCCACCAUCCUGGGAGUGGCAGUGGGCCCCUGCAGCAGCUGACGUGUCUCUUGCCAAGAAAAGGACUGUAGCAAGGUGGCGUGGCAAGAAGGGGGCGAGCUGACACCAUGGACACCUUGGUCUUCCUGUGUCUCUUCGUUAUCCUGCUCACUGGGAGCUCCCCAGCAGGAUGUGCUGGAGAUGGCGACUCUGCAUCCCACAGCACAGCUGACACCACAGAAAAACCUAUCCUGUUGAACAGCAUUGCAGAUGCUGAAGCCUUCAUCAGUGGUGAUGAGGUGGUGGUCAUUGGAUUCUUCCAGGAACUGGAGAGCCCCGAAGUCUCGCAGUUUCGCCUGGCGGCCAACCGGACCCCUGAGGUGCCUUUCGGCCUCAGCAGCAGCCCCGCGGUCCUGUCCCACUACGGCGUCGCGACGAACACGGUCACGCUCUUCCGCAGGGUAGACAAUGACCGGAAAGAUCUGGAUAUGAACAGCAACGAUGUUGAUGCUGAGAAGAUGACUCGUUUUGUUCAGAUGAACGAGCUCCGACUGGUGACAGAGUACAACCCUGUGACAGCAGUAGGUGUGAUGCAGAGUUCGUUCCAGCUUCACCUCCUCCUGAUCACAGACAAGAUGUCCCCAAAGCACCCCGAGCGAAUGCGCAGGUAUCGGGUGGCAGCAGAGCUCUUCAAGGGGAAGAUUCUCUUUAUCUUGGUAGACAGCAAUUUGAAGAGCAAUGAACGAACUAUGUCAUUCUUCGAACUGAAUAAGUCCCAGCUGCCAGCUCUAGCUAUAUUCCAUGCACCAGAUGAGGAGCAGGAUGUGUUGACUCUGGAUGAAGUCUCUGUUGAGCGUGUACAGGACUUCUGUAAUCGUUUCUUACAAAGAAUGGAGAAGAAAGAAGACAGACCCAAGGAGAAGGCUGUCAAUGAGGAACUCUGAUUCUUUCUCAGCCAACAGGAUGAGUGAGCCCAGAGUCAUCUGUUUCUGGUGUAUGAAGAGUUCAGCAAGCCCUGCAGCUCAGGAAUUCCUGGCAUAGUAGGAUUAAGGGGCCAAGUCUGCCACAGAUUCCCAUCUCCAUGCUGUGUACAUAUGCUGCCUGUCCUCUCUAGCAAUCUCUUGUCCCUUCUCAUUUGCUGGCUCCCGCCCUCUUUUCUCAGUAGUCUGGGAGCUCUGGUAUUACCCUACACUGUGUCCUUCCAUGCCACUUCUGUUGGAGCAAAGGGUGAUAUAGCAAAAUGGUAAUAUCACAGAUAAAUCUUGUAGUUCCCAGAGAUCUGUCUCCCUCAUUCUCUUUGCUUUGAUGCCGUGCUGGGAUCCAUUGUCAGCCUCUCCCAACACAAGGAAGAGAUUGGUUGCUUGACAUCACAUGAACUUUUCCAUUUAUUUUACUAAAUAAAGCAGAAAGUGAAUAGCCUGAA